AUGGAAGGCUCUCCGGACAUCAACACUGUCCUCACCAACUCGCUGAGCCCUGAUGGCGCGCUCCGUAAUGCCGCUGAGCAGCAGCUCAUCCAGGCCGCCGAGCAAAACUUUUCACAAUACCUCCUGACGCUCGUCCAAGCGUUGGCGAAUGAAAAUGCCGAAGGACAUAUUCGAGCCGCCGCCGGUAUCGCUCUCAAGAACGCCUUCAGUGCCCGCGAGUUUGCCAGACAACAGUCUUUACAAGCGAAAUGGCUGAACCAGACCGACCAAGAAACCAAGACCCGCGUCAAGCAGCUGGCUCUCGAGACGCUUUCCUCCACAAAUGCCCAGGCCGGCCAGGCUUGCGCUCAGGUCGUCGCUGCCAUCGCGGCGAUCGAGCUGCCCCGUGACCAGUGGCCAGAUCUUAUGGCGUCUCUUGUCCGCAACGUCAGCGAAGGCAGCCCCCACCAGAAGCAGGCCUCCCUCACAACUAUCGGGUUCAUCUGCGAGAGCCAAGAUCAGGAUCUGAGGAACAGCUUGAUUGCCCAUUCGAACGCCAUCUUGACGGCAGUAGUACAGGGUGCUCGCAAGGAGGAGACCAACCUCGAGGUCCGUCUCGCUGCCAUCACCGCGUUGGGUGACUCCCUCGAAUUUGUCGGAAACAAUUUCAAGCACGAAGGCGAGCGCAACUACAUCAUGCAGGUUGUCUGCGAGGCCACUCAGGCCGAGGACUCUCGGAUUCAGCAGGGUGCUUAUGGCUGCCUGAACCGCAUCAUGGCUCUCUACUAUGAGAACAUGCGGUUCUACAUGGAGAAGGCUCUGUUUGGUCUUACCAUUUUGGGCAUGAAGAGCGAUGACGAGGAUGUUGCCAAGUUGGCGGUUGAGUUCUGGAGCACAGUAUGCGAGGAGGAGAUUGCCAUUGAAGAUGACAAUGCCCAGGUCGAGAGCUCCGAGCAGAUGCGCCCAUUCUACAACUUCAGUCGCGUUGCCACCAACGAGGUCGUCCCUGUUCUCCUCGCCCUCCUCACCAAGCAGGACGAGGACGCUUCAGACGACGAGUACAACAUCUCGCGUGCCGCCUACCAGUGCUUGCAGCUCUAUGCCCAGUCGGUUGGAGCUGCUAUUGUCCCUCCAGUUAUUGCGUUUGUCGAGGCCAACCUCCGCCACGACGACUGGCAUUACCGUGAUGCCGCCGUCUCUGCCUUUGGUGCUAUCAUGGACGGUCCGGAAGAAAAGACCUUGGAGGGGAUUGUCAAGUCAGGAAUGGGCCCUCUCAUUGCCAUGAUGGAUGAUCCUUCCAUCCACGUUAGGGAUUCGACCGCUUAUGCGCUCGGCCGUAUCACCGAGACCUGCGCCGAUGCCAUUGACCCUACUCAGCACCUGGAUGCUCUGAUCCGCUCGCUCUUCAACGGUCUUAUGAACACUCCCAAGAUGGCCGCUUCUUGCUGCUGGGCCCUGAUGAACAUUGCCGAGAGAUUUUCUGGUGACGGCGAGUCCGCUCAAAACCCCUUGACUCCUCACUUCAACCAGAGCGUCACAAACCUGCUUGCUGUCACCGGCAGAAUGGACUGCGAGGCUUCCGUCAGGACUGCUGCCUAUGAGGUUCUGAACACGUUCGUGCGCAACGCUGCCAGCGAGAGUCUCCAGGCUGUCGCCUCUCUUUCCACCGUUACCAUCGAGCGAUUGGAGGGCACCAUCCCAAUGCAGGCCCAGGUCGUCAGCAUUGAAGACAAGAUCAUCCUCGAGGACAUGCAGACCAGUCUCUGCACCGUCCUCCAGGCCAUCAUCGAGCGCCUGGACAAGGAGAUCGCUCCUCAGGGUGACCGUAUCAUGCAGUGCCUGCUCCAGAUUCUGAGCAGCGUCAACGGAAAGUCUAGUGUACCCGAGGGCGCUUUCACAACCAUCAGCAGUCUUGCCAAUGCGAUGGAGGAGGACUUCGUCAAGUACAUGGAUGCCUUUUCUCCAUUCCUUUACAAUGCUCUUGGCAACCAAGAAGAGCCGGGUCUCUGCUCGAUGGCUAUUGGCCUCGUCAGCGAUAUCACACGGUCCAUGGGCGAGCGCAGCCAGCCUUGGUGCGAUAACUUCAUGAACUACCUGCUGAACAACCUCAGGAGCACUGCUCUUGCGAACCAGUUCAAGCCUGCCAUCCUCCAAUGCUUUGGCGAUAUUGCUGGCGCUAUUGGUGGCCACUUUGAGACAUACCUCUCCGUCGUUGCGCAGGUAUUGCAGCAAGCUGCUACCGUCACCGCCGGCGCCGAAGGCUCCUAUGAAAUGUUCGACUAUGUCAUCACCCUGAGAGAAGGCAUUAUGGAUGCUUGGGGUGGCAUCAUCGGAGCCAUGAAGUCUGGCAACAAGACCGCUGUCCUCGAGCCAUAUGUUCAGUCAAUCUUUGAGAUGCUGAACGUCAUCGCCAACGAUGCUAACCGCAGCGAAGCUUUGAUGCGGUCUGCCAUGGGUGUCAUCGGUGAUCUUGCCGAUGCUUAUCCUAAUGGCCAGCUGGUUGAAGCCUUCCGUGCGGAUUGGCUGACCGCCAUGAUCAAGGAGACGCGCCAGAACCGCGAGUUCCAGCCCCGCACCAUUGAGACUGCUCGCUGGGCCCGCGAACAAGUCAAGCGUCAAAUCGGCGGCGCUCAGGGCAUGAUGUCGCAAACAUGA